AAUUAUUUUACCAAAAUAAAUAAAUAAAUAAACCAAUUGUGUGGCUUAUGCAAUCAGCUAAGAUACUGAAGCAAACUGCAAACACAUUUCUGUCUUCUUCCUUGUUUAGAUUGCUGCCUUUCUCUUUCGUCCUAAAAUUUCCCAUUCAAAUUUGUCAUUCAAAAUUCUCUAAAAUUCCCAAUUUCACAAGUCACUUUUGCUGCAUACACACCACAAUUUUUUGUUUUUCCAGAUCGUUCCGUGUUUUGCUUGCCUUAUUAAAACUGAGGAAGUGAUCAAGUUGAGCGAUGGCGACGGGGAUCAUUCAAGCUCCGAUUUGCCAUGUCAGGACCAAGGAUUGUGAGUUGAGUUUUGCUAAAAGUAUGGACUUUGUGAAGAUUUCAAAUAUCAAGAGAGUUAAGUCUCCAAGAAGUAAACAUUUGGUUAUUAAGAGUUCGAACCAGGGGUCUGAUAUUGCUGAGCUUCAGCCUGCAUCAGAAGGAAGCAGUCUCCUAGUACCUCGGCAAAAGUAUUGUGUAUCUCCAUAUAAAACUGUGAGGAGGAAGACAUGCACAGUGAUGGUUGGAAAUGUGGCCAUCGGGAGUGAUCACCCAAUCAGGAUUCAGACAAUGACAACAACGGAUACGAAAGAUGUUGCUGCAACAGUUGAGCAGGUCAUGAAAAUUGCAGACAGUGGAGCGGACAUUGUUCGAAUAACAGUGCAGGGAAAAAAAGAGGCAGAUGCUUGUUUUGAAAUUAAAAACACACUUGUCCAGAAAAACUACAAUAUACCUCUAGUCGCAGAUAUUCAUUUUGCUCCUUCAGUUGCAAUGCGUGUUGCUGAAUGCUUUGAAAAGAUUCGUGUUAAUCCUGGAAACUUUGCUGAUCGGCGGGCCCAGUUUGAGACGCUAGAUUACACAGAAGACGAUUAUCAGAAGGAACUUGAGCAUAUAGAGCAGGUUUUUACUCCGUUGGUCGAGAAAUGUAAAAAGUACGGUAGGGCAAUGCGUAUUGGGACAAAUCAUGGAAGUCUUUCUGAUCGUAUUAUGAGCUAUUAUGGGGAUUCUCCACGUGGAAUGGUUGAAUCUGCCUUUGAGUUUGCAAGAAUAUGCCGGAAAUUAGACUACCACAAUUUUGUCUUUUCCAUGAAAGCAAGUAAUCCAGUUGUCAUGGUUGAAGCAUAUCGAUUAUUGGUUGCAGAAAUGUACCUACAAGGAUGGGACUAUCCGCUGCACUUGGGAGUCACAGAGGCAGGCGAAGGUGAAGACGGACGGAUGAAAUCUGCUAUAGGGAUUGGGACCCUUCUUCAGGAUGGCUUGGGAGAUACAAUCAGGGUCUCCCUUACAGAAGCACCAGAAGAGGAAAUAGACCCCUGCAGAAGGCUGGCCAACCUUGGAAUGAGAGCAGCUGAACUUCAGCAAGGAGUGGCACCUUUUGAAGAAAAACAUAGGCAUUAUUUUGAGUUUCAACGCAGAACCGGUCAAUUGCCAAUCCAAAAAGAGGGUGAAGAAGUGGACUACAGAGGUGUCCUACACCGUGAUGGUUCAGUUCUCAUGACUGUUUCCUUGGAUCAAUUAAAGACGCCUGAACUCCUAUACAAGUCACUAGCUGCGAAGCUUAUUGUUGGCAUGCCCUUCAAGGAUCUGGCGACUGUAGAUUCCAUUUUACUGAGGCAACUUCCACCAGCAGAUGAUGCUGAUGCACGGCUAGCUCUCAAGAGACUAAUCGAUAUAAGUGUGGGAAUUAUAACCCCUUUGUCUGAGCAACUUACGAAGCCCUUGCCUAAUGCCAUUGUUCUGGCGAACCUCAAGGAGUUAUCAACUGGUGCACAUAAGCUUUUACCUGAAGGAACACGCUUGGUUGUGUCUCUGCGGGGUGAUGAGCCCUAUGAAGAACUGGAGAUUCUCAAAGACAUAGAUGCUACAAUGAUUCUUCAUGAACUGUCUUUCGCUGAAGAGAAAGUCAGCAGAGUCCAUGCAGCUCGAAGGCUAUUUGAGUAUCUAUCAGAUAAUUCUUUGAACUUCCCUGUAAUACAUCAUAUCCAGUUUCCUUCUGGGAUUCACAGGGAUGAUUUAGUCAUUCGUGCUGGUACCUACGCUGGAAGCCUUCUUGUAGACGGGCUAGGGGACGGUGUACUCUUGGAAGCUCCUGGGCAAGACUUUGAAUUUCUGAGAAACACAUCUUUUAACUUGCUUCAAGGUUGCAGAAUGAGGAAUACCAAAACGGAAUAUGUGUCUUGUCCAUCGUGUGGGAGGACACUUUUCGACCUCCAAGAAAUAAGUGCAGAAAUAAGGGAGAAGACGUCGCACUUACCUGGUGUUUCUAUUGCAAUCAUGGGGUGCAUUGUGAAUGGUCCAGGGGAAAUGGCUGAUGCAGACUUUGGUUAUGUUGGUGGUUCUCCUGGGAAAAUUGACCUCUAUGUCGGCAAGACGGUGGUGAAGCGAGGAAUAGCAAUGGAGCAGGCCACAGACGCUUUAAUUGAUCUAAUUAAAGAACAUGGGCGUUGGGCGGAUCCUCCAGUGGAAGAGUAGGCAAACCCAGUACUGAGAAUUUUGAUUUAGGAUUUAGGAUCAUGCAAAAUCAAAUUAGCAAAUACAGACCCUUCGAUCAUACUGUAAACUAAAUUACCCCACACCAUUUUAUGGGUAAUGGAUGAGUUCUUCGAAAUUAUUGCCCCUUUGCCGUUUAAGUAACAAAGUUGCUGUUAGAAAAAUCAAAGGAAAUCUUAUUUAUUAUUGUUAUUGCUGUACAGGAUCUUAUUUAGGAACUCAACUGUAUUACAUCAAAUAUAGCUAAAUGUGGAGAGCUGAUUAUAUA